AUGUCGGAGAAGACACAAGCCAAGAAGGGUCAGCAGCAGCAGGGCGGUAAGGGCAAGCAGCCCGCCGCUGGCCAGCAGGACAAGGGCAAGGGCAAGCAGGGCCAGCCCGAGAAGAAGCCGAAUGCCAAGGCCACCCCCGCUGCUGCCGCCCCCGCAGCCGCCGCUGCGCAGCCCCAGGCCGAGGCCAGAGCGACCAGCCCUCGUGGUGGUGGCCCCGCUGGCGCCCCCGCCGCCGCUGGUGCCGGUGGCAAGCCCGCUGCGGCCAAGAAGGUCAAGGUGGAGAAGGAGAAGGGCUCUGGCAUCGUCAAGGCCGUUCUCUCGGGCGACCGCAUCGAGGUCUACGUGGAUGAUACCACCAAGCGUACCACCUGGGUGCCUCCUCAGACCAAGGAGCUCAAGCUCUCGAACAUCAAGGCUCCUCUCCCCCGCGCCGUGGCCAGGGGUGACUUCGCUGGACGUGAGGAAGAGCCUUUCGCCUUCGCCAGCAGGAGCUUUCUGAGGGAGCUGUGCAUCGGCAAGCGCGUGUCGUGGAUCAUCGAUGGCAAGGAUGCCCGCCGCGAGUACGCCACCGUGCACAUCCAGGGCGAGGCCAAGUCGCUGGCCGAGUCCGUCGUCGAGGCCGGCCUCGCCGACGUCUCCCUGCCCCCCAACGCCGCCAAGGAGGCCGCCGCCAGGCCCACCGCCGCCGGCGACGACGAGGGCGAGAAGAAGGAGCGCCGUCUCUCCGAGGCCAUGCAGAAGCUGGUGACCGCCCAGGAGGAGGCCAAGUCGCACGAGCGCGGCAAGUGGACCACCUCCAAGGACGAGCUGGCCAAGGCCGUCCCGCGCUACGCCACCGACUCGAACCCGACCGACUUCUACACGCGCAACAAGGGCAAGAAGCUGCCCGCCGUCGUCGAGGCCGUGCUCUCCGGCUCCAUGCUCCGCGUGCUCCUCGUGCCCAGCUACCGCGAGGUCGUCGUCCGCGUCGCCGGCGCCCAGGCGCCCGCCACCCGCCGCGGCCAGAAGGAGGAGGACACCGAGCCCUUCGCCAAGGAGGCCCAGUGGACCACCGAGCGCUACACCCUCCACCGCCGCGUCCACGUCACCUUCACCGCCUUCGAGCCCGGCAAGGAGGCCGACGACAGGCGCCCCGCCGUCCAGCCCGUCUUCCACGCCGACAUCGCCCUCGCCGGCAAGUCCGUGGGCGAGCUCCUCCUGGCCUCGGGCCUGGCCAAGUUCGUCGACUGGACCGCGCCCAAGGACAAGUCCGACGUCUAUCGCAACCUCGAGGCCCAGGCCCAGGCCAAGAAGCUCCGCAUCUGGUCCUCCCACGUUCCCACCGCCCAGGAGGCCGCCUCGGCCCGCAACUUUGUCGGCCUCGUCAAGGAGGUCCCCUCGGGCAGCACCCUCGUCGUAGUCAACGAGAGCGUGAAGCCGCCCCAGGUGGUGCGCGUGACCAUGUCCUCCAUCGACGUGCCCAAGCUCUCGGUGACCGAGCGCCCCGGCGACAACGCCCGCCAGGCCCCGAGCGAGGGCGCCAAGACCCCGGCCGCCAACGCCGCCAACGCCACCGAGUACGCCGAGGCCUUUGCCCUCGAGGCCCGCGAGUUUGUGCGACAGAAGCUCAUCGGCCGCCGCGUCAACGUCACCCUCGACUACGUCCGCGCCGGCAAGGCGGGCGAUGAGAAGAACCCCAAGAGCCUGCCCGAGCGCGCCUUCUACACGGUGUCGAUGAAGGGCAAGAACAUCGCGCUCGCCCUGGUCGAGAACGGCCUGGCCAAGGUCGUCGAGCACUUUGGCCAGCAGCAGCGCUCGCCCGAGUACGACGCCCUGUUCCUGGCCCAGCAGCGCGCCCAGAAGAAGAAGCUCGGCGUCCACGGCCCCGUUCAGAACAAGCACUACAUCAACGACGUCUCGCGCAACCCCAAGAAGGCCAAGGCCGUCUACCCGACCGUCGUGCGCCAGGGCGUCAACCGCGUCCAGGGCGUCGUCGAGUACGUCAUCUCCGGCUCGCGCCUCAAGGUGGCCAUCCCCAAGGACAACCUCGUCAUCACCGUCGCCCUCGCCGGCGCCCGCGCCGAGUCGGUCGCGGCCGCCGGCGACAAGGCCAAGGCCGGCGCCGGCGCUGCGUCGAACAUCGGCGAGGAGGCCCGCAACUUCACCCGCGGCCUGGUCCACCACCACGACGUCGAGCUCGAGGUCGAGGGCCAGGACCGCACCGGCGCCUUCCGCGCCCACGUGUUCAUCAAGCCCCGCGGCGGCAGCGCCGCGCUCAACCUGGGCGUCGAGCUGCUCAAGGAGGGUCUGGCCCAGGGCGCCCGCACCGAGCGCUACGCCGACGAGCACCGCCGCGCCGAGAACGAGGCCAAGGCCGCCCGCAAGCGCACCUGGGCCGACUGGGACCCCGAGAAGGAGGAGGCCGAGAAGAAGGCCCGCGACGAGGCCGUCGUUGCUGCCGGCAAGCCCCGCAAGGAGCUCGUGACGGUGACCGAGGUGGUCGAUGGCUCGACCUUCUUCGUGCAGGUCGUGGGCGAGGAGCAGAAGCAGCUCGAGACCCUCAUGGCCUCCGUGGCCGCCAAGGGCUACGAGAACGCCGAGCCCUACACGCCCAAGGCCGGCGAGGCCGUCGCCGCCCAGUUCUCGGGCGACAACGCCUGGUACCGCGCCCGUGUCGGCCGCGUGCUGCCCCCCGGCGAGGAGAGGUCUCACACCGAGAUCGAAGUUUUGUAUGCGGACUACGGUAACGCCGAGACCGUGCCCGUCUCGCGUGUGCGCAAGCUCGACCCCGAGCACAGCACGCAGGCGCUGCGCUGGCAGGCGCGCGAGGCCUCGCUGGCCUUCAUCGUCCCGCGCCCUGUCGAAGACGACUGGGGCAAGGAGGCCGCCCUCUACUUCAAGGAGCUCGUCUGGGACAGGCAGCUCCUCUCCACCACCGAGUACCGCGAAGCCGACCGUGAGUACCGGUCGCUGUGGAUCUCGGACGACUACACGUUUGUGAACGCCGAGCUCCUGAGGGCCGGUCUGGCCAAGCUGCCCAAGAGGCUGCCGCGCGGCGCCAACAAGGAGAUCAUCGACUUCCUCCGCGCUGCUCAGGAGGAGGCCUUCCGCACGCACUCGGGCAUCUGGGAGUACGGCGACGACGGCGACGAUGACGACUUUGCCUACUAA